AUAUUGGAUCUGAUCGGAUCGAAUUCGAAUUGCCAACAUGGAGAAGCAGGAGGAGGGCGUUUGCUCGGCGGAGUCUGUGGUCGAUGGGAGCCUUGACGUUUGGAGUUGCAAGAACUCCGAUUCCUCUUCCGCCGAUCACCUCGUCGUUAUGGUCCAUGGGAUCUUGGGAAGUACGGACGAUUGGAAGUUUGGAGCUGAGCAAUUCGUUAAAAGGCUACCUGACAAACUCUUUGUUCACUGUAGUGAGAAAAAUGCGUCUGCCCUUACUCUAGAUGGUGUGGAUGUAAUGGGUGAGCGUCUUGCAUCUGAGGUCCUUGAAAUUGUUGAAACAAGGCCAAACAUCCGCAAAAUCUCCUUUGUUGCUCAUUCUUUGGGAGGGCUUGCAGCUAGAUAUGCAAUUGGGAAGCUUUACAAGCCACCUAAUCCGCAAGACUCUUCAGGGGACAGUAUUGAAGGGCCUUCCCAAGGCACAAUAUGUGGCUUAGAGGCUGUGAACUUCAUCACUGUAGCUACACCCCAUUUGGGUUCUAUGGGUAAUAGACAGGUUCCGUUUCUAUUUGGGGUUUCUUCCUUCGAGAAAGUUGCAGGUCUCGUUAUCCACUGGAUAUUUAAAAGAACGGGACGUCACCUUUUCUUGAAAGAUGAAGAAGAGGGAAAACCGCCCUUGCUUCGACGCAUGGUGGAAGAUACCGGUGAUUGUCAUUUCAUGUCUGCACUGCGUGCCUUCAAAAGGCGGGUGGUUUAUUCAAAUGUGGGCCAUGAUCACAUCGUUGGCUGGAGGACGGCUUCUAUUAGACGUGACAGUGAAUUGCCUAAGUGGGAAGAUUCUCUGGACGAGAAGUAUCCUCAUAUUGUUUACGAAGAACUCUGCAAGUCAUGUGACGGUGACGACGUACCAGAAGGCGAAAAUCAUUCGGACGACAUUGAAGAAGAAAUGAUCAAAGGACUCUCCACUGUCUCAUGGGAAAAAGUUGAUGUUAGCUUUCACAGUAGUAGGCAGAGAUUCGCUGCUCAUAGUGUUAUACAGGUUAAAAGCGAAACUAUGCAUAUAGAAGGAGCAGAUGUCAUAGAGCAUAUCAUUGAUCAUUUCCAUCCCUAAAUCAGUAUAAUUUUCAUCACCCACGAGUCUGGGACACAACAACUAAGGACUGAUUGACGUCAGUUAUGACCAGUUCACAUGAUACAUGAUGUUAGCAACAAAGGAAAUUUUGUUCAUUUCAAUUGUAUCAUGUAUUCAUGGAUGUGAUGCACUGAAAGUAUAAAGUAGCGUGAACGAAAGUUUUGUGCCUAUAUAUUCCUUCUCUUUUUAAGAA